AUGUACAAGAAUUUAUCGAGAAUGGCUUAUCUCGAAGUAAUCAUAUUUUUAUGUUCAAUGGUCAUUUUCAUGGUCAGCAAUUGCGAAGCAGAGUCAGAAAAUAGUAAUAAAAAGGCAAGUCUACCAAAGCUGCCGUCAGAAUUGGAUUUGCCCAGCAUAGAAGCAUCGAUAGAAAACGAAGAAUCGUUGAAAAAGAUAGUGAAAAGACUGGCACCAGAGAAGAAUGGCGAGUACCAAAUUUAUCAAGUCUUCUUCGGCAAUGUGGAUCUUCUCAAGGAAUGGCUCAAAGGAGCGGGUGUAACAGGACAGCCAGGAGUAGACUUUCCAGCUCUCACGACAAUUCCAGCCACUUCGUUCAGCUGUCGCGGUCUGAAAGGUGGUUACUACGCGGACUUGGAGACGAAUUGUCAAGUGUUCCACAUCUGCGACAACGGACGAAAGAUAUCGUUCCUCUGCCCCAAUGGUACCAUCUUUCAACAAUCGCAGUUAAUUUGCGAUUGGUGGUUCAAGGUGGACUGCAGCAAAUCCACGGAAUUAUACGAACAAAGUAGCGAGCAGCUACUCGAAGAAGAAAGAAGGCGGGCUGAGUUACGGAAAUCAAAAUUGGACUAUCAACAGCCGAUCGUAUCAGGUGUGCAACAAGACUAUUACGAUGUCCAAAAUCACAAUUACGAUGGUAAGCAAAAUGGUAGAAUCAAACCGUACGAGGAGCCUCCGCAGGAAAAUCAGGUGCAAUCAAAUAGAGAAAGAAUGAAAUCUCCUCGACACUUUGAUUCUGGCAACAGUUUUAGCCAAGACUCGAACGCGCCAAGAGAUAGCAAUCAGCUGUUUGGUUCCAAUGGGUUUCAAUCGAACCAACCCACUUCGAGUUUGAAGCAACAAUUCAAUCAGUUCACGAGGAAUACCGAGGAAGGGAACGUGAAUAGAUACUCGACAACCAAUCAAGAUUAUUACAAUUCUCCGAAGAAGGCGCAAAAUUACUAUGUUACUAACAGGAACUUAAAUACUCAACGGGAAGACAAAGGUGCUUUGAAAAGAUUGAAGUUUAAGGGUUUGACCAAAAGUAAUUCCACUUUCACUGCUUCACAGAGAGUUAUCCCAGCUUAUACGGAAUCAACCACGUUUAGAGCAAGCAAUAUUAGCCCUGUAAAAGAAUCUCAACAAUUUGCAGAAAGUGCAGCGUUCGUUAGUAAUCGGAGGAAUCGAUUCAAUGAAAAUACUGGAAAUACUCAUCAAUAUUACUAUCAGUUAUAUACUAAUCGCGAUUCCACUACGAGAAAUUCUAAUUAUGAUCUAACAACUACGACCACGUCGAGACAAGAUAAUGAAAACGAUAUAUCCACUCAGAGAAAUGAUUUCUCCUCGUUUACAGACACGACACCUAAUUAUUAUGAGACGACUACACAGUACGCGACAACUACUGCAACUCCUCCGUGUAGUGACGAAGCCACCACAGAAGGGAGCUUUUCAACAAAUCCAUCUACCAACUUUGAUACUCAACCAACAACUGAAUCUUUUCUGCUUUCCAACAGUAAUUACGAAUAUUAUGGAAAUGCGAGGACUACCGCGAACGUUCGGAACAGUUUCGUUGAUAAAAAUCACCAUGACAGUAAUAAUAACAGGGAUGUCAAUAAACUGACUAAUGAGGACAGUAAUACAGGGACGAUUCCUGCAACGACUCGUUCAUACGUGACUACGGAUGUUUAUCAUCAAAAUACCUUAACACCGAAUUCUCCUCAACAAAGAUAUACCACGAGUUAUUUUUCUCCUACACCAACCACAUCUUUUCAUAGUAGUAGUUUUGGACGUAAUACGGAAAGACCUGUAACUCGAAACACGAUCAAUAGUCAGUCUUAUGGAUUAAACGAAGAUUCUAAAGCAAUUGGCAAGAACCCCUCUACGGUUUCGCCAAGCUAUCGACAAAACUUCAUUAGCACAACUACGGACAAACCUUCAAGAGCAACUACACUAGCUUACCAACAAAAUACUGUGACUGAAAAAGAUUUAAGUCCUUAUGAUAGAAGCUUCACGUAUAAGCAAGGCAAAGCAAUGUCUACUCUAGGUCCUUAUAUUCCAUUCACAAGAAACUACGCUUACACUUCCUCUAGCACUUUAAAACCCACCCCAUACACACCUACAGUGCCCACUUACACCACAACAUACGCAUCAUCGAAGACACUGAUUCCAAAAUUGAAAUAUCCUGCUCCGACAACGUUGAGCAAACUUAAGCCGAAUGCAGUACGAUUCUCUGAGAGGGAACACGCUUUAAGUAUGCUUCAUUCCCUGAAAAAUCUCGAGCACAAUGUUCCUAGUUUAUCUGACACGAUAUCAGGAAAUGACAGGCCAUCCAAUGUUUCCGUUCCUCCAGCUCCAUCAACUUUGCACUCUUUGGCUCUCUACUUUUCUACGGUUACCGAGAACUUCGAUUCCAGUGAAACUACGGAUUCGUCUGUAAGCAUAGAGUCUGCAGAAGAUGUAGAGAAAUCAAUACUCUCUAAAAAGAGUAAUGGAACAGUCCAAGUGCCGACCAGUCUUUUAACUCAACAUACUAUCAAUUCGUACACGGAAUUGUUCAAACUGAACAAUGUGGUAGAGACCAAUAAUGUAACUACGGAGGAUCGCCUAGAUAACGGUAGUACUUAUAGAGGAGAUGAUUAUAAUGAUGAUUUGGAGAUUCAACAAAGUGGAGGAUCAUUAGACGAUCUUCGAAAAUCGAAUAGUACUAGGCUUCGAGAGCUGGCUCAAGUGUUCACACACGCCUUGUCUGCGUAUUUAUUGGAUCCAGAUACGUUCAAGAAGGUAUUAACAGAGAUAAGACCCACUGUACCACCACAAACAACGGAAGAAACUGAACUAUGGAGAACUACUACUCCUUAUUCGGUCGAAGAUGAGGAUAACACAUCAUCGAUCAGAGAAAAGGACGAAGUUCUAGACUUCUCGGACGACGGUAACGAUAUUAGACAGAAAUUGACCACUAUUUAUCCUACUACGUUUGAACCACCCACCACCACGGUUCAAGAAAGCGUUUACGAAACUUUCAGCACAUUGCCAAGUACUUAUUACACUACUCCUAGAACUCCGGUCCAAGAUGUAUUUGAAUAUAGCACAAACUUUGCGUCGUUGAGUCCUGUGACUAGUACAUACUUGGAGACUUCAGUCUCUGCAACUGAAAGUACAUUUACCACGGAACCAAAUAGUACUCCGUACACAAGUGAUUCUAGCAGAUUUUACUAUCAGAAUAACGAGGUAGACAAAGGAAGCGUUGAAACAACUGUGACGGAUAGUCAUGACGAGAUCGGGAAUCAGAAUCGAGUUGGAGGCUUCCAGAAUAAUAGUAUUACGACCGUCACUGAACCGUAUAAUGUUGAAAAAUUAUUCGCCACAACUCCGAUAAGCGACAAUUAUAUCGUUUCGUCAACAUCUUCUCCUCCAUCGUUGUUUAUACACAAGGCUACCUACAAUUGGAAUAAGAAAGGUACUAGUAAAAAACUUGAACAACAGUUAACGCCUCCAUUAACCGACAGUCAUUCGGAAGCUCUUCAAAAGGAAAUCGAUAAAAUUCCUGUAUCUUUGAAGCCAGAGAGUUAUUCCAGUACCCCAAUGACAACACACAAUAUACGCGCAACUACUUUUGACUUGACCAAGAGUUAUGAAACAUCCACUAACCAACCUCAUCAAAUUCAUCGUCAUAAAUUAUUAUUACCGGAAUCCAAACCGAUUGGACUUUCCCUUUCCACGUUACAAAGCAGUUAUACGAAACUUAAAAAUCUCUAUAAUCGCCUGGACGAGCAUAAUAUUGGAACCACGGAAAGAGCGACAACUACAACAGCUCCUGUAACUGAAUUGGCAACCGUGACGAUGAAUAAUAUAGACACUACACCUUGUGCAAACACUGAUUUUGGUGACUUUUUCGAGUCCAUAACGGAGAAGGGGGAAUUGAAAGUAUUAGACAAUGACCAUUGGACUUCGUCGCCAGCUGUUACUCAACUAUGGGAGACUUCUGUCUUUGUUGAUCCUCAAAGAAUCAAUCAUGGUUUAGAGUCGGACCUUGGGUCGACUGUUUCAACGGGAACAUUCAGCAUUACUGAUAGCCAUGAAAGGCUAGAAUAUGCAAACACACCGUCGCUUGGUGAAGAUGUAUCAAACAACUCAGAAGAAUCUUUUAUCGGGGAUGAAGAUAUAUCGUUUUCCGCGCAGAGAUUAUCCAGGGGCAAGGAUUCGCCUACGACCUUCUCUUUGCUUCCAACUUCGGUCACUGUUGAGAAUACCGUAACACCAAAACCACUGAUAAACACACAUUCUAGUAUCACUACCACUGUAACAUCCUCUGUCACGUCGACUAAUUCAUUGACUCAGGAUAACGCGGUGACUCCAUUAUUACCCUACACAGUGGCAACGAGUAAGUUGAACGGGACGGAGAGCGAAAUUGCUGAGAAAUUAUUCGGUAAAUUAAACGCUUCGAGUACCAAUACGUUAAUGAAAGUGAUGAAACAGGCGGAUAAUAACGAGACUGUUCGACAACUUGUUCUUCUUUUAAUUCGACACUGUGGCGAUCCAGCGAACAAAACCUUGCAACGCGAAAAGGAAGAAUUGUUAAACGCGUUGCUCAGAUUACCCGUGAACGAAUUUUCGUCCGAAAACUCGAAGAACGUAGUGGCUGGGAUUAAUCAGCUUAGUCUACCCGCUGUUAGACCAACUAACUAUGCGAGGAACACCGCCACCACGCCUCUAGUUACCGAACCACCAGUGACUACAUUUAGGAGUAGAAAAAGUCGAAAAUUUCGAACAACCACGGAAAAUUCAGUAAAUAUCGUGAGACGAUCGGAAAAGGGAGCAACAUUGGACGAAAAUAAUUCUUUGCAGGAAGAUGAGACCUCCGCGUCGGACAAUAGGGCGCUGGAACUUCUCAGAUCGUUGUACACGAUAGCUACAAAAUGGGGGUGA